AUAUAUAUAUAUAUAGUGAAGCACUUAAAUUGUCCGUUGAGUACGUUGAGCUAUGGUAUCAGCGUAAACGAUUAAACGUUUUUUUCGAAGGACGUUUAGGCGUUUCACCCUACAAUCGUGAGAUCGAAUUAUUGGUGUCUGUAGAGGUAUAUAUUUUCUUACGGUACGCGAUAAUUAGCUCUACCGCUUUUGACUUGUUAAAAGUCUCGAUCAGUUCAAAUCGGUUGCUUUUUUCUCUCGAUACUCGGACAUAUUUAUUUAUUUAUUUAUUUAUUUAUACAAACGUAUGAAUAUGCGCUAGCGCAUAUACGCAACUUGAUCCUGAAUUCGAUUAAACCGAUCUUUAAAGAUAUAUAUACAUAUACAUAUACAUAUAUAUAUAUAUGUAUAUAUAUAUAUAUAUAUAUAUAUAUAUAUAUAUAUAUAUAUGUGUAUAUAUGUAAGAUUAUGGUCCUUCAUAAAAAUUGUAAGACAAUAAGCGAACCGACUUGAGCCGAUCAGAGUCUUAAGAUAAUUAUUAAAUUUUCUUAGAGUUAUACCUACAUAUAUUGUUUUAAAUUAUGUAAAUACAAAUCGUCUCUGUCCGAAUGCUCGCAUUAUCGAAGAAAUGUGAGAACGAAUCCGAUAACAAUCUAAUUCGCCCUUGAACGUUCUCGUUCAAAAAAAAAGAAAAAAAAGCCAAAAAAAAAAAUAUAAGAAAAAAGAAGGCGUUUAAAAAAUAUAUAUCCCAUCGAUUCUUGAAUCGGUGAUAUUUAUUAAUCUAAAUGGGACGCGUAUCAUCCAGCGUGUCCAAUUAAUAAAAUUAAUCAUACGUUAGAAACUAAAGUAAGAGGAAAAAGAAAUAGAAAAAGAAAAAAAAAAAAAAAACGUAAAGACGACUUUUGAAAGUCCGAUCGAUCGCAGGACAUUUUUUCUAGCUAGCAUAACGACGACGAUUGAAAGAAACUCGCUGAUUCCGCGUUCUCAUGGCAACACAAUAAAAAGCGACAACAUGAACACUACACUACUCUAUAAAAGUAUUUAUUAUAAAUAAGAUAUAACAAAAAAAAAAGUAUAUAUAUAUAUAUAUAAAAUUAUAAAUAUAUAUAUUAUAUUAAAUUAACGAUGAUCGAACAAGAUGCAAUUUUUUGGUACAAUAAAAUGAAAAAAGAAAAAAGGACGGAAGCCAGUUGGUUAUAUCAUAAUUUCUUCGAACCUUCGAGACAUAUCCGAAAUUUAUUUCGGAUUCCUAUUCUACGAAAUUAUUCAUACUUCUCUCUUGGAACGCAAGGAAAGAGAAACGUUUCUUUUUUUAGCAUAGCACGUUGUACCUUAUCGAAAGUGCCGAAAUGUUUGUUUGUUCACGCGGCCGUCUGCAAUACCGAUGGAUGAUGAUGAUUCGUAAUUGCGCGCCUAUUCUUCCCCACCACUUAUAUAUCAUUACAAAUCGCUUGAAUUUCACGUAAUAAAUUCUAUUCACAAGCGCAUAUUAUAAUCUCGGAAUCAAAUUGAUCAUUACGCAACCUUUAUGUUAAACGAAAAUGUAAUUAUCUAUAACGUAGUAAAAUAUUAAACGACAAAAGAGAUAUAGAGUCGUACGUAAAGUUCUAAAGCAUUAGGAAAACGAUUGCGCCGAGGAGCCACCUCCUCGCCAUACCAUCUAUCGCAAGUAUCUUAAACUUUAUUUUUACAAGCCUGUUUAGCUUGGAAAUGCUCGGCUCCAAAGUGCCACCGUUUGCGUUCUAAAGCAAUGCGCGAAUAGAUAAGCCCAUACGUAUGCUAUUUAAAUUCCGUAAAUAGUCGAUUGGUAAUAUUUUCGUGGUCUUAAAAAAAAAAAAAAAAAAAAACGAAAAAAAAAAGACGUCGUACGUAUGGAUGGCAUUUUUCAAAAGCGCAACUAUAUUCUCACGUCGUAAAAAGAGAAAAAUGUUUUGAGAAGAGAGUGUAUGAAGAGAUUCGACGAUGAGAAUAAGAUAGAAAAAAGAAAGAAAAAAAAAGAAAAAGAAAAAAAGAAAAAAGGAAAAAAAGAACAAGAACGAAUGAAGUGAAGAAAGAAAAAGAAAGACGGAAAGAAAGAAAAAAAAAAGAAAAGAAAAGGAAAGGAAAGGAAAGAGAAGGAAGGAAAGAAGGAAAGAAAGAAAAAAGAAAUGAAAGAGAGAAAGAAAAAAGAUUGUGCGCGCGGAUUGGGCGGGGAACCGACAACAGACAGUCCGCCAUAUGCAAAAGAAGACGGAACGGUCGUGGGUUGAGAGAAUGGUGGGGGGUAAACGAAGAUAGGGUGGGGAUAUGCGCGAGAGUGGUGGCUCGAUCAGCGCGAGACUCCGACUACCUUCAGUUGUAUCAGAACCACCGUACGGUUCGAAUGUCAUUCCGUUAGGUUGCGCGUUAUUUUUUCCUCCUAUCGAUAGAUACAUACGUGUAUAUAUAUAUAUAUAUACACAUACAUACAUAUACACCUAUACGUAAGGCAGUCAGUGUGUGUUGAGUGAAUGCGCGCGCGAUAGUGUAAGUGCGCGCGCGUACCGUAGGCGCUCCAAAGAGAAAACCCGAAGUGAAGAGGAACUAACGAACGAACGAACGAACGAACGAACGAGCGUUACUAUCGUGAAAUCGUAUACGAGUAAAAGUUAUAUGUAUAAACGAGAUCAAUCGAUCUACCGAUGUGAAUAAACGUUUUAUUCUUACAUAGUCGUCAUAGUCGUCGAAUACAAUACAUCGUCGUGUUCUUUUUCUUCUUAAUUUCUUUUUUUUUUUAUUCUUUUUCUUCAUCAUCAUUAUCGUUAUCGUCAUCGUCAUCUUUAUUGGAUUUUAUUCUAGAUUUGUGAGAGAUUUUUCGAUCGUACGAUCUUUACGAAUCAUUCAAAUUCAUUUAUAAACGUUUUAUGUUCAACGAUCGAAGGUUCUUUUUUCAGACCAUUUACGAAGGAUAAAGUUGAAGAGAGAGUGAGAGAGAGAGAGAGAGAGACAGAGAGAGAGAGAGAGAGAGAGAGAGAAAGAGAAGAGUGUGUGUGAGAAAGAGAGAGUGAGAGAAAGAGAGAGAGUGAGAGAGAGAGAGAGAGAGAGAUAGAUAGAUAGAUAGAAAGAAAGAAAGAAAGAAAGAAAGAAAGAAAGAAAGAAAGAAAGAGACAUUUACAAGUGGCUCGUCUCGACCGGUGCGAACGCACACGCACCCGCCGCCUCUCCAACGAUUUCGAUCGACAACGUGAAGUCAGCUACGAGUUGUUCCGGCGUAUCGCCGACAAAGAAGUUAUUCGUCUUUUCGGCAGAAACGUUUAACGCGUAAUUAUCCUCGUCGAAUUAGUCUCGACGUAAAACUUUUCGUAAAAACUUCAAAGGUGUCGCCAUGACUAAUUCGAUCGGCUAAAAGUUGUAGUGAUCGAGGCGUUUACCUCUGAUUUCGAGGUAUUGGGAAACACGCGAAAGAAAAGCGCUGCAAAAUGGGUGAAAUUGUUGGUUCGGCGAGUUUCCUCCAUCUCGGCGAUAUCGUCAGUCUUUACGCCGAGGGAAGUGUUUCAGGUUUUCUUUCAACAUUGGGAUUGGUAGACGACAGGUGCGUCGUAUGUCCCGAAGCUGGAGAUUUGACGAAUCCACCGAAAAAGUUCAGAGAUUGCCUCUUCAAGAUAUGUCCUAUGAAUCGUUAUUCCGCCCAAAAGCAAUUUUGGAAGGCGGCAAAGCAAAGUGGCAGUUCGGGUACAGACGCUGGAUUAUUGAAAAGACUUCAUCAUGCCGCAGAAAUCGAAAAAAAGCAAAAUGAAACAGAGAAUAAAAAAUUAUUGGGCUCCAUCGUCUCUUAUGGCAAUGUUGUUCAGCUUUUACAUUUGAAGUCAAAUAAGUUUUUGACUGUUAACAAGAGAUUACCGGCGCUUCUUGAAAAGAACGCAAUGAGAGUAUAUCUAGAUGCAAAUGGGAAUGAGGGUUCUUGGCUUUACAUAAUGCCAUUUUAUAAAUUGCGAAGUGACGGAGAUAGCGUAGUAGUUGGUGAUAAGGUGAUAUUAGAACCGGUGAAUGCUGGAAGACAAGGACUUCACGUAGCGGCCAAUUACGAGCUCAGCGAUAAUCCUGGAUGUAAAGAAGUGAAUGUUGUUAAUUCGUCAACAUCCUGGAAAGUGACACUUUUUAUGGAGCAUAGAGAGAACCAAGAGGAGAUACUUAAGGGCGGCGAUGUCGUUAGGCUCUUUCAUGCCGAGCAGGAAAAAUUUUUAACGAUGGACGAAUAUAAAAAGAAGCAACACGUUUUUCUUAGGACAACAGGAAGGACUAGUGCGACUGCUGCUACUAGUAGUAAAGCAUUAUGGGAAGUUGAAGUCGUUCAACAUGAUCCCUGCAGGGGUGGAGCAGGACAUUGGAAUUCUCUUUUCAGAUUCAAGCAUUUAGCAACGGGUCAAUAUCUUGCCGCUGAGAUUGACACAGACGAGCCUUAUGAGACAAAUAAUAGCAAGCGUGAUCCUGCUGUUCAAGUUUAUAGAUUGGUUUCAGUACCACACAGCAACGAGAUUAGUUCUUUAUUCGAAUUAGAUCCAACCACAUUAACGAGGGGUGAUAGUUUAGUACCUCAAUCUUCCUUCGUUAGGUUACACCAUAUAUGUACAAAUACGUGGGUUCACUCGACCAGCGUACCGAUUGACAAAGAUGAUGAAAAGCCAGUAAUGUCAAAGGUUGGUUGUGCGUUAAACAAAGAAGACAAAGAGGCUUUUGCAUUGAGAUCUGUAUCACCGGUAGAGGUACGAGAUUUAGAUUUUGCAAAUGAUGCCUGUAAAGUAUUGGCAUCUAUAAAUUGUAAAUUGGAGAAGGGUACGAUUUCUCAUAAUGAACGGAGGGCCGUAACUAGUUUAUUGCAAGAUAUAGUUUAUUUUAUUGCGGGAUUAGAAAACGAGCAAAAUAAAUCCGAGGCUUUGGAGUUAAUCGUAACGAAUGCGGUUAGAGACCGACAAAAAUUACUCCGAGAACAAUAUAUUCUGGGUCAAUUAUUUAAGAUACUUCAGGCACCAUUUUUAGAGUCGGCCGAGGGUGAGGGACCAUUUCUUAGAAUAGAAGAACUUAAUGAUCCAAGACAUGCACCGUACAAAUAUAUGUUUCGAUUGUGUUAUCGUAUACUUAGACUGUCCCAACAAGAUUACAGGAAAAAUCAGGAAUAUAUUGCCAAACAUUUUGCUUUCAUGCAAAAGCAAAUUGGAUAUGAUAUUUUGGCAGAGGACACGAUCACAGCGCUUUUACACAAUAAUCGAAAAUUAUUAGAAAAGCAUAUUACAGCAGCCGAGAUCGAAACGUUCGUAGGUCUUGUAAGAAAAAAUAUGCACAAUUGGGAAUCCAGAUUUUUAGAUUACUUGUCGGAUUUAUGUAUUUCCAAUAAGAAAGCUAUUGCAGUAACACAAGAAUUGAUAUGUAAAAGUGUACUCAGUGAAAAAAAUAAAGAUAUUUUGUUAGAGACCAGGAUGAUGAAGGUUAAAACUGAAAUGAAAAUGAUUGAUCAAAAGCAAGACAAUGACGAGUCUCAAGUAAUCGUUAAAGAAAAAGAUGAAGUAUAUCUUUUUUGGAACAAUGCAACGAAAUCAAAGUCCUUAUGCGAGCUAUCGAAGAACGCUAAGCUGGGUAAUUUACUGGGACCAGCAAUUUUGGAUUAUUACAGACAUCAAUUGAACUUAUUUAGCAAUAUGUGUCUUAACAGGCAAUAUUUAGCGCUUAACAAUUUAUCAACGCAUUUGGAUAUAGAUCUCAUACUUAAAUGCAUGGAAGAUGAAAAUGUACCGUAUGAAUUACGUGCCUCAUUUAGUCGACUUAUGUUACAUCUUCACGUGGAUAGAGAUCCACAAGAACAAGUGACACCAGUGAAGUAUGCCCGUCUUUGGUCCGAAAUUCCAUUAAAAAUGAGCAUUAAUGAUUAUGAUACAAAUAAAAUGCCCGACGAAAAUAAAGAAGCUGUUCGCGUAAAAUUUAGUUCGACAAUAAAAUUCGUGGAAGAUUAUCUCUGCAAUGUUGUUGCAAAGAUGUGGUCUUUUGCAGAUCAAGAACAAAAUAAACUUACGUUUGAGGUGGUUAAAUUAGCACGCGAUUUAAUUUAUUUUGGAUUCUACAGUUUUAACGAUCUGUUAAGAUUAACUAAAACAUUAUUAAGUAUCUUAGAUUGUGUCUCUGAAAAUGAUUUCAUUGAUGGGAAAAUACCAACUGGAGAAAUUGACUCUGAGUCUAUGGAUUCUGAAGAGGCAGCCGAAGGAGGAGUUCUCAGAUGUAUUGGAGAUAUGGGCGCUGUGAUGACAAGUUUAACUUUAGGACCGGCUGGACAAGUAUUGGCUGGAAGCACAUCUCCAAGGCCAAAGAUUACUUCAAAGAAAGAAUAUCCCUUGGUGAUGGACACCAAAUUAAAAAUAAUUGAAAUACUUCAGUUUAUUCUCGACGUUCGAUUGGAUUAUAGAAUUUCUUGUUUAUUGAGCAUUUUCAAACAAGAAUUUGAUGAAACUGAAAAAGCUUCUGGUCAAGACUUAAGUCAACUUUGUCAAAAAACCAUUGAUUUGGAAUCCAUUGGAACACAAGCCGAAGGGAUCUUUGGAAGCAGUGAAGAAUGUGUGGCAUUGGAUCUAGAUGGUCUAGGUGGAAGAACAUUUUUACGCGUUUUACUUCAUUUAGCAAUGCACGAUUAUCCACCUUUGGUAUCUGGAGCUUUGCAUUUAUUAUUUAGACAUUUUAGCCAAAGGCAAGAAGUAUUGCAAGCAUUUAAACAGGUACAACUUUUAGUCUCAGAUAGCGAUGUUGAAUCUUACAAGCAAAUUAAGGCAGAUUUAGAUGUUUUACGUCAAUCGGUUGAGAAAUCUGAACUUUGGGUGUACAAGUCAAAAGCUACAGAAGAACACGGAAAUAAAAAGAAAAAAAGUAAAGAAGACGAAGAGGACUCUUCAACCCCUCGUAAAGCACCACCGCAAUUGUCUACGUCCGAUAAAAAAGGAUCAGCGAUAGAUUUGGAUAUUGGUCCGCCAUUAAGCGUGGAUCAAGCUGAGGAAUAUAAAAAAAUUCAACAAAUAUUAAUACGAAUGAAUAAACUCUGUAUCCAAACAAUACCAGGUGGACAAGUAAAGCCACGUAAACACGAGCAAAGACUUUUGCGAAAUGUUGGUGUCCAUACUGUUGUAUUAGAUUUAUUGCAAGUACCUUUUGACGAUAAAGAAGAUGUUAGAAUGAAUGAGCUAAUGCGUUUGGCACAUGAUUUCUUGCAAAACUUUUGUCUGGGCAAUCAACAGAAUCAGGUUUUGUUGCACAAACAAUUAGAUCUAUUUUUAAAUCCUGGUAUACGAGAGGCACAAACAGUAUGUAGUAUUUUUCAAGACAAUUCUACUCUUUGCAAUGAAGUGAGUGUUAAAGUGAUUCAACACUUUGUUCAUUGCAUAGAGACACAUGGGAAACAUGUGCAAUAUUUAAGAUUUCUUCAAACUAUCGUGAAAGCGGAAAAUCAGUUUAUAAGAAAGUGUCAAGAAAUGGUGAUGCAAGAGCUUGUUCAAGCUGGAGAAGACGUUUUGGUUUUUUAUAAUGACAGAGCUUCGUUUAAUCAAUUUGUGGAAAUGAUGCGAUCUGAAAGGCACAGAAUGGAUGAAAGUAGUCCACUUAAAUAUCACGUUGAAUUGGUAAAGUUAUUAGCUUGUUGUACUAUGGGUAAAAAUGUUAAUACUGAAAUCAAAUGUCAUAGUCUUUUACCAUUAGAUGAUAUUGUUGCUAUGGUAUCACAUCCAGAUUGUAUACCAGAGGUGAAGGAAGCUUACAUCAAUUUCCUUAAUCAUUGUUACAUAGAUACUGAAGUAGAAAUGAAAGAAAUAUAUAAUUCGAAUCAUAUGUGGUCCUUAUUUGAAAAGUCAUUCAUUGUAGAUAUGACAUUGAUUGCAACACCUAAAAGUGAUCAACAAGAUGCAGAUAUUGCUUUAGAAAAUUAUGUGACAAGCUGUUUAAUGAAUAUCAUUACUACAUUCUUCAGCAGUCCAUUUUCUGAUCAGAGUACAACAGUCCAGUUCUUCGAAAAUGAGAAACAACUGCACGAGGCUAGACUUUAUUGGAGCAUCAAGGAAUGUGACCGGAAUAUUGACAAUAAUCUUGCAAGUUAUACCCGACAGCCUAUAUUUGUCCAGUUACUUCAUGCAGCAUUUAAAGUAUCACAAUGUAUAUGGUUGAAUGCAGGACAAAGAUUCAAUGUAGAAAAUUGUAUAAGAACUUUAUCCGACGUUGCUAAGGGAAGAGGUAUUGCCAUUCCUACUGAUUUGGAAAGUCAAGUUGCAUCUAUGUUUAAUAAAGCAGCGAUGCUUAGCAGGCAAACAAGUAAAUGGCUUCAAGCUGCUAAACAACCGAAAAUAGAACGUACUCAAAGUCAGCUGAUGCGCCUGGAUCGUAGUAUUAUAGAAGGUUUACAAGACAUAGUAUGUUUAUUGGAAGAACAACUUAAACCAUUGGUACAAUCAGAAUUGUCCUUGUUGGUUGAUAUUCUCUAUCGACCGGAACUAUUAUUUCCAGCAGCAACUGAAGCUAGAAAACGAUGUGGAAAUGGUGGAUUUAUUAGGAGAUUGAUCAAGCAUACCGAAAAAUUACUCGAAGAAAAAGAAGAAAAAUUAUGUGUAAAGGUAUUAAAAACACUUCGAGAAAUGAUGGCGAUUGAUCCUGAAUACGGGGAAAAAAAUGAAGAUAUUUUGGAACAUGCAGAUUCAGAAAAGAAGACCGAAUCUCAACUUGGAACAGAUUCCAAUGAUCAAUGUGAUCGUCAUAUGACACAGGAAGAGCGGGGGGAUGCAUUAAGGCAUAAUUUAUUGACACGUUACUUCGGGAAGACAUUUAUUCAGAAGCCUGAAAAUGUUGAAAUUGGAGUAUCCUGUACAAUGGCUGUAACUCAUGGGCCAGGAGCUAAGAUGUUAAGUCGUGCAGGAAGGACUUUGCAUGAAGUUCAAAGCCAUUUAGACAAGGAAGGUGCUUCAGAUUUGGUUGUAGAACUUGUUAUUAAAAGUGUACACUCUCCUAGUAUAUUUGUUGAAGUUGUUGAAUUAGGAAUUGCACUUUUGGAAGGUGGCAAUCCGAUUAUACAAAAAAGUGUAUUCAAUAAAUUGAUGGGUGGUGAUUUAAGUCAAUCAUUUUUCAAGGUUUUUUAUGAUAAAAUGAAAGAUGCGCAACAGGAGAUUAAGUCAACCGUGACGGUGAAUACAUCCGAUAUAACGGCAAAAACUAAUGAGGAUAAGGAACCAAAUAAGGAAAUAGAUAAAAUAUCAAGAAAACGUGCAACAGGUAAGCUUAAUGGAAUCGUUUGUACCGAUGAUUUACGAGAUGAUUUAAAUACAACUACGAUGACUAAUGCUCAAGUAUAUGGGAACACGCGUAAUCUUGUACCUGGGGAAGAUGUAACAAAUAAUGCAGUGGAAGAAAUGAUCGGUGACAAAUUGGAAAGAACACGCGCUGAGCCUACGCCUGGCGUUGAAAAGGAUGACACUCAGCUUAGCGUAAAAGUAUUAGUAAUGCAACCAAUCUUACGUUUUUUACAAUUAUUGUGCGAAAAUCAUAAUCAUAAUCUUCAGAAUUUUCUUCGGAAUCAAAACAAUAAAACCAAUUUUAAUUUGGUAUCCGAAACUCUAAUGUUUCUUGAUUGUAUUUGCGGCUCGACAACCGGUGGAUUAGGCUUACUUGGAUUAUAUAUUAAUGAAAAUAAUGUUGCAUUAAUUAAUCAAACUUUGGAAACAUUGACAGAAUAUUGUCAAGGACCUUGCCAUGAUAAUCAGAAUUGUAUUGCAAUACACGAGUCUAAUGGUUUAGAUAUUAUAACGGCUUUGAUAUUGAAUGAUAUUAAUCCUUUGGGUAAAACUAGAAUGGAUUUGGUAUUGGAACUGAAAAAUAAUGCAAGUAAAUUGUUAUUGGCUAUUAUGGAAAGUAGAGGUGACAGCGAGAACGCUGAAAGAAUAUUGUACAACAUGAAUCCAAAGCAAUUAGUUGAUGUGGCAUGUAGAGCAUUUCAUCAAGAAUCAUUGGAUGAUGUAACUGAUAUUGAUGAUUCAUCGACUAAUGGAGAGGAAGGAGUAUCUCCUAAAGAGGUCGGCCAUAAUAUUUAUAUCUUAUGUCAUCAAUUGGCUCAACAUAAUAAAGAGUUAGCAACUAUGUUAAGGCCGUCAGAAGAAAAUAAUGCAGAUCCUAAAAUCAAUAAAGCAUUGCAAUAUUAUGCAUCGCAUACAGCUCAAAUUGAAAUUGUUAGGCAUGAUAGAACAUUAGAACAAAUAGUUUUUCCUAUACCAGAAAUAUGCGAACUUAUUACCGUUGAUACGAAGAUUAAAGUGUUACAUACCACUGAACGUGAUGAUCAAGGAUCGAAAGUAUCAGAUUUCUUUGAAAGAACGGAGGAUAUGUUUAAUGAAAUGAAAUGGCAAAAGAAACUUAGAGGACAGCCAGUAUUAUUUUGGAUGAGCAGUUACAUGUCAUUGUGGAGUAAUAUUUUAUUUAACUGUGCUGUCCUUAUAAACUUAAUUGUAGCUUUCUUCUAUCCAUUUGUAGAUUCUGUACCAAAACUCGGUUCUCAUUUGUCAGCUCUUAUUUGGGCUGUAAUGCUUUCAUCUGCAGCUAUUGUCAUUACAUUACCACGGGAAUCGGGUAUACGUACGUUAGUUGCGUCAACAAUUUUACGAUUAAUAUUUUCUAUAGGACCAGAACCAACUUUAUGGUUACUUGGAUUUGUUACGAUCGUUUUAAAGAUCAUUCACCUAAUAAGUAUUAUAGGAAAUCAGGGGACACUAACUAAAAGUUUAGAACAAAUAAUAACAAAUGGUGAAAUAUUAUAUCAUGCAUCAUAUUUAAUAUUUUGUGUAUUAGGACUUUUGAUGCAUCCAUUUUUCUAUUCGGUUUUGCUUUUCGAUGUGGUUUAUCGAGAGGAAACAUUGCUCAAUGUAAUAAGAUCUGUAACGAGAAACGGAAGAUCUAUCAUACUCACUGCUGUAUUGGCUUUGAUUUUAGUUUAUAUGUUUUCUAUUAUUGGAUUUAUGUUCUUUAAAGAUGAUUUUCUGGUCAGCGUUGAUGAAGAAAUUAUUCCAACAUUUGACGAUGAAACUAUCAAUACUUGUAAAAUUAGUAAUAGUGAAAAGUGUGAACCAACUGAAACGAUGUCACGAUAUAUACGUGAAGUUAAUGAACAAGGAAAUAAUCAAGAUUUGGUUAAUAUUGGCGGUGAAAUAAAAGAACGGGCAUGUGAUUCAUUAGUUAUGUGCAUUGUUACAACAUUGAAUCAAGGUUUAAGAAAUGGCGGAGGAAUAGGUGAUGUUUUAAGAGCACCGUCAAGCACAGUAAUAUCAUUUUGUGAACCACUGUUUGUUGCUAGAGUCGUAUACGACUUACUAUUCUUCUUCAUAGUGAUAAUUAUUGUUUUGAAUCUCAUAUUUGGUGUUAUCAUCGAUACGUUUGCUGAUCUUAGAUCAGAGAAACAACAGAAAGAAUUGAUUUUAAAGAAUACUUGUUUUAUUUGCGGUUUAAAUAGAUCAGCUUUCGAUAAUAAAACUGUAUCUUUCGAGGAACAUGUUAAACAUGAACAUAAUAUGUGGCAUUACCUUUAUUUCAUCGUUUUGGUAAAGGUAAAAGAUCCAACAGAGUUUACAGGUCCGGAAUCAUAUGUUUAUGCAAUGGUGAAGGAUAGAAAUCUUGAUUGGUUUCCACGAUUAAGAGCAAAAUCUUUAGCUGCUGAUGAGGGUGAAGGAGAACAAGUAGAACUGAGAAGUUUACAGUCACAAUUAGAAACUACUCAACAAUUGGUGAAAUGUCUUUCACAGCAACUCACAGAGUUACGUGAUCAGAUGACGGAACAAAGAAAGCAAAAACAACGUCUUGGUCUUUUAAAUUCUGCAUCUCCGCUUUUACACAAUAUGUAAGCGAAGAUUUAAGAAAACGCUACGGAUAUAAUAUAUAUAUUAAAAAUUUUAAAUAAAUAAUUUAAAUUUAUACGGAGAUCUGUAUACACAUUAUCUGUAUAAAUUUAAAACUAAAUUGCUAUAUCCUUAGCCGUAGCUGCAUUUUAUCUUGAUAUUCUAAAAAGGAUACAUGUCCAUAUGUUUCUGGCAAGAUUUUAAGGACAUUAAAGAUCUAUAGGUAGGCAUCUCGGAUUAUGCGUACGGUUUUGUUCCUAAUUUUGAAGAAAAUGAUCUAUAUAAUGAAAUGAUAUGACAUGGAGAUAUUAGAUAUGAUGCGCACUUCAGUUUUUUUAUUACUAUUAUUAUUAUUAUUAUUAUUAUUAUUAUUAUUAUUAUUAUUAUUAUUAUUAUUAUUAUUUAUCAUGCCAUCUCAACUUAUUAUAAUUUAUAUCAUUUUGAAGAUCUUAUGUUCUGAUAUUAAAUCAUUCAUUUACAUUACUUCAAAUAUCUAAACAAUUAUUUUUUUUUUCUUUUUUUUCUUUUUUCUUUUUUUUUUUUUUUUCAUGGAUAUACAAAUAAUGAAAAUAAUUUAAAAUAGCAAUUCGUACUUCAUGUGAUUUAAGAAAAGGAUAUCGUAAAAAGUAUAUAUAUAUAAAAAAAAAAAAAAAAAUUCUAAUUUAAAGAUUUAUUGUAUUAAUUUAGUAGAAGUGCAAUUAGUAUAUAAGGAGCUCGAUUGACUUAAAUGAAGCAUUUUAAUAGUGGUUUAAAGAAAUUUUUAUCAUUUAUGUCAGAUCUGUCUAUUCAAUUGUAGCAUUAAAUUGAAUGUGAUUUACUGUUAUUGCAUUUAGAAAACGAAUAUAUUAUAUAUGAGAAUCUAGCAUUUUGGCAUUUCGAAAAAAGUGAAACUUUCUAUUUUGCAAGUGAUCGCGACAAAUCUAUUUCACUUUUGCUUUAUGAUACAUUACAUGGUCAUUUCGUUAAUGUAAUUACAUUUUUUUUUUUUUUUUUUUUUUUUUUUUUUUUUUUUUUUUUUUUUUUUUUUUUUUUUUUUUUUUUUUUUAACCUUGAAAGUCUAUUUCAAUGAUAAUGAUAUUCUACGAUCACUUACAAAACAGACACGUUUCUCCUUUCGAUAUUUUGUGUAUAAAAGUUAUAUUUAUAUUUGUAAGCAAACAAAUACGAGAUGUAUUUCAGAGCGAUAUAAGAGUAGAUUUUUAUUAAAUAUUGUAUUAGCGCGCACAAUUUGUUAUGCCUUUCAUUUUAAAUCAAAUAUUGUGUAGAUCUAAGGGAAAAAAAAAAAAAAAAAAAAAAAAAAAAAAAAAAAAUUCAAAUCUAAACAAUCGUUAUCUAUGUUAAACAUAUAUACCAUUGUGUUUCUUAAUUGUUGAUACUUGAUGAAUAUUGUUGCUUUAUUGGGAAUGUUGACUAUUUUUUACAUCAUUUUAUCCUUUAAUAUAGAGAUGUAUACAAGAGAACUGAAUGACAUGUAUAAUUUUAAGAAUAUUAACAUAUACUAAUAUAAUAAAUUGCACCUGAUAGUAAUAUAUUCUAGAAUGUAUAUAUACAUAUGGAGAAGUUGAAAAUGAAUAUCAUUUGCAAUAUUCCUUUCAUAGUCAUUGAUGUCAAUGUUAUAUUAUUGGUAUCAUGCUAUAUACGUGUCUGAUCUGAUAUCUAUUAUAGAUCAUGUUGUAGAUUUUAA